UCCGGUGUCACAAGGUCAAGUCGUGUUUAAGACGCAGACGGUUUGAAGUUACGAAGAAAACUCCCAACAAAGCGAGCGGAAACUACAUUUAAAGCAUGUCACACACCAUCCUGCUGGUGCAGCCCACCAAGAGGCCGGAGGGACGCACGUACGCCGACUAUGAAUCUGUCAACGAGUGCAUGGAAGGUGUGUGCAAGAUGUACGAGGAGCAUUUGAAGAGGAUGAACCCCAACAGCCCGUCCAUAACGUACGACAUCAGCCAGCUCUUCGACUUCAUCGACGACCUGUCCGACCUCAGCUGCCUGGUGUAUCGCACCGACACGCAGACGUACCAACCGUACAACAAGGACUGGAUCAAGGAGAAGAUCUACGUGCUGCUACGCCGGCAGGCCCAGCAGGCGGCAAACUGAAGGGGGCGCUCUUUUUUUUUUUUAUUACUUUAAAGUAUUUUUAUUGUAGUUUGACUUCUGAAUAAAGAUUUGCUUUCAAUCA